AUGGAGGACCACUCGGACUUGUCUAUUGGUGCUGCUGCUACCAUGGCGCAUGAGAUUGGCCACAACUUCGGCAUGAGCCACGACCACGACGGCUGCUGUGUGGAGGCCACUGCUGAGCAGGGAGGAUGUGUGAUGGCUGCUGCCACCGGGCAUCCAUUCCCACGAGUUUUCAGCCACUGCAGCAAAUGGGACCUUGACAACUACUUUCAGAAGGGAGGGGGCAUGUGUCUCUACAACAUGCCCAACAUGAAGGACCUGGUAGGAGGCAAGAAGUGCGGCAAUGGCUUUGUGGAGGAUGGAGAGGAAUGCGACUGUGGAGAGCCUGAUAUUAGGCUCACCAUCAAGAAACUCUUUUAUUUCUUGAGCAUAUUUCAAGACUGA